AGGGCGCCGGGUGGGGGUGCGCCGCGUGCAGGCGACUGGUGGCAGGGUGGCAGGCUGGUGCCAUGCGGAAGCAGCUGCUGGGCUGCCCGGCCGCUGCUCGAAUCGCAGCGCAGCGCAGGCAACCCUCGACAGGCGGCAACGGCCGGAGAGGGAAGGCCUCGUCCAGGCCAGCCCGCAAAGCCUUCCCUGGCACGGUUCUUGUCCGCCCGCGGGCCGCGGCCAGCUCGACCUCUCCUGCUGAGGAAAGCCGCCCGGUGGGGACUGCGCUGGAUUUGCUCUGGCGGCUCAGGUGAACACAGGAUGAUGCACCCGCCCUCCCCCAGGCACCUGCGUGGCAGCAGAUCAGGCCUGUCGGCGCUCGAUCGACCCAGAAUCACACUACCCCCUGUAUUCGGUCCGCUGCACGGCCUGAAAAUUUGGCGAUGCUCUUAG